AAAUCUGAAGAAGAAGCUGUCGAAUAAGCAGCUGACUUCGGCUUCGGGUUCAGUCGGCCGUUAGGUCUUUACUGUUCCUCUGGUUCAGGCCACGGAGACGCCAGAGCUUGUUGCCCAGCAACGCCGAGGACGGAUCCCUUCGCACACUGACACUAGCUUAGCGGGGUAAAUUCGCCGUUCACUAUAGUCACGAAACGUUCAAAUGGAAAGGAUCUACACUGGCAAAACUACAGUGGACGCAGUGAAUGCCUAUGUGGAAUACAGAAGGAUUGUAGGAGAGGAUGAUGGUGGAAGACUCUUCUCAGAGGCUGAAUAUGAAGAGUACAAAAGGAGGGUUAUGCCAGCCAGAGUGCAUAACCGGCUGUAUGUGAGUUUUGGUGUCCCCGGCAAAAUAGACUGCAAGCUCGUUGGUCCAGAAACACCUUGUUUUUGUUCGCACAGGUUUAAACAGCAUCAGACUGAUUUUGAGGAGCUACCAACAGAGAGGCCCAUCGCUUUGCCCUGUCGAGUUAAGGGCUGUCGCUGUGGGGCCUACCAAUAUGUACAUCACGUUGGCUCUCAGGCCGUGCGCUGCUGCUGCAAACACUCACCCAGUGAGCACAGUGAAGCUGCAGACCACCUGUGCAAGAAAUGCAGCACCUGCACAGGGUUUCAAAGCCCAUACACUUGUGGAUGCGGUCAGCCAGGCCAUGCCCAUGUCACACUGGUAGAGAGCAGAGAAGAGCGGGAGUCACGGGGGCUGCCGGUGGGCAGGGCGGUGCCAUAUGCAGCUAUGGGAGGCCUGACUGGAUUCAGCUCAUUAGCAGAAGGCUACCUGAGACUGGACCCUAGCGGCUCAGGCCUUCCUCCACAUGACAUCGCUAGUCCUGCCAGAGCUGAGCAGCGCAAAGAACAUAAGGGAGCAUAUGGAACACUGUCAGAGACCUCAGGAAACCGGAAGGGGGCAGAUGAGAAUGACAUGGUUUCUCCUGAGAACUGUUACCAAGCCAGACUCAGGAAGGAGAAGAAAUCCAGACAUGAGUGGAUGCCAAAGAAACCAAGUGGACCUCUUAAGGUAGCAGGAAAACGGAUGCAAAACUGAACAGGUUUUCAAAUGAACCUGGGAUUCCCAAAUCGGGGCUCAGGCAACUUAGCCCAGACAAGCAACCACAAACACUUCCGCAGCCCACACAAAAUAUAUGACCAUAUAUAUGAUUCUGAGCCUGUGCCUUAUAAAUGCAAGCAAAUAUAAAUAUUAAUAUGAAUUAAUGCAUAGUAAUGUAUCAAACUUUACUUGACUGUAUAAUCACACAACAUAAUAAACUUCAAAAUUAUGUGAAAAAA